UCCAGGUUAUUGAUUGGAAAAUCGACCGUGGUUGCCAAGGUAACCAAAAGCACCAGUCAGACUGAUCAAAUCAAAACAAACAAGAAACCUGCGAGGACGUAUUGGACAUCUGUCACUGCUGAACGUGUUGUGCUUCCACCAGAGCUAGACCACAAAUGGAGGACAUUGAGGCGGAUGACGAGAGCCACAUGAGGAGCUCAGUGACGUCUUUACCAGAGAGCUAUAGCACCGUCAACUGGAACGAAAUUCAUGAUGACGGUGUGAGCAAAGUCCAUCAACGCACCCACACUGGAGAGAGGCCAUACAGCUGUGGCCAGUGUGAGAAGAGUUUCACCAGAAAAGGUCACCUGACAGUCCAUCAACGGACCCACACUGGAGAAAGGCCAUACAGCUGUGGCCAGUGUGAGAAGAGUUUCAUCACAAAACGCGACCUGACAGUCCAUCAACGGACCCACACUGGUGAAAGGCCAUACAGCUGUGGCCAGUGUGAGAAGAGUUUCACCAGAAAAAGUCACCUGACAGUACAUCAAUGCAUCCACACUGGAGAAAGGCCAUACAGCUGUGGCCAGUGUGAAAAGAGUUUCAUCACGAAAAGCGACCUGACAGUCCAUCAAUGGACCCACACUGGAGAAAGGCCAUACAGCUGUGGCCAGUGUGAGAAGAGUUUCAUCAGAAAAAGUCACCUGACAGUCCAUCAACGCAUCCACACUGGAGAAAGGCCAUACAGCUGUGGCCGGUGUGAGAAGAGUUUCAUCACAAAAAGAGACCUGACAGUCCAUCAAUGGACCCACACUGGAGAGAGGCCAUACAGCUGUGGCCAGUGUGAAAAGAGUUUCACCAGAAAACGUUGCCUGACAGUCCAUCAACGCAUCCACACUGGAGAGACACCAUAAAGUUGUGGCCAGUGUGAGAAGAGUUUCAUCAGAAAAAGUGACCUGACAGUCCAUCAGUGGACCCACACUGGAGAGAGACCAUACAGCUGUGGCCAGUGUGAGAAGAGUUUCAUCAGAAAAAGUGACCUGACAGUCCAUCAGUGGACCCACACUGGAGAGAGGCCAUACAGCUGUGGCCAGUGUGGAAAGAGUCUUGUUCAAUUGGUACAUCAGGUAUUCCAUUAGUAUGACUGCAGAA